GUCGCCGUCGGGUCCUCCUCACGGCCUCGCCAUCCUUUCUUCCUCCUCCUCGACGGCUCCUCCUCACACACACACGCGGGGAGAGCGCUCAGCUCACGCGGGCGCACACACGGAGGUGGAGGUCCGCAGGGGAGGGAGGGAGGUUGCGGGAGGAGAUGCCGGGGAGCCAGAACGGGCGGCCGCGGCCAGCCAAGGCCGAGACCAUCCACGGCCUCGCGCGCGCCGGCGACCUCGCCGGCGUCCAGAGGAAGCUGCGGGAGAGCCCCGCUCUCCUCAAUGACAAGAACCCCGUGAUGUGUCAAACACCGCUUCAUGUUGCUGCUGGCUACAAUAAUACUGAAAUAGUCAAAUUCUUGCUUAAUUGGCAAGGUACAGAAACGGUUGAUCUGGAGGCAAAGAACAUGUAUGGAGAGACUCCUCUGCAUAUGGCAGUGAAAAAUAGUUCUUGUGAAUCAACAAAUCUACUCCUUGAACGUGGUGCACACAUAGAAGCCAAAGCCAAUAACGGCAUGACACCAUUGCAUUUAGCUGUCUGGCAUGCACUUCAAAGUGGACAUUGCGGUACUAUCAGCGUGUUAUUAAGCUACAACGCAGAUUGCUUUGCAAAAGAUGAUGAAGGCAAAAUGCCCUUAAAUCAUAUUCCUGGAGGAGCUGGUAGAGAGAAGCUGCUGAAGCUCCUCAGUCGUCACAUGGAAGAGCAAAGAAAACGGAAAGCUUUCAUGUCAUGCCGCGAAGGGAAAGCAAUGGCGGAGUUUGAAGAGGCGAUAUCACAAAUUGUUGGAUUGCAAGAGUUAAAAAUGCAAUUACGUCGAUGGGCAAGGGGAAUGCUUUUUGAUGAGAAGCGACGGGCCAUGGGCUUAGAGAUUGCUAACAGAAGAGCUCCCCAUAUGGCAUUUCUUGGCAAUCCAGGAACUGGUAAAACUAUGGUUGCUCGAAUCCUUGGAAAGCUCCUUCAUAUGGUUGGAAUUCUCCCUACUGACAAAGUAACUGAAGUUCAGCGAACUGAUCUCGUUGGAGAAUUUGUCGGGCAUACUGGACCAAAGACUAGGAGGAAGAUACAGGAUGCUGAGGGAGGCAUUCUUUUCGUGGAUGAAGCUUACAGGUUGAUACCAAUGCAAAAAUCGGAUGACAAGGAUUAUGGUUUAGAAGCCUUGGAGGAGAUAAUGUCUGUAAUGGACAGUGGCAAGAUAGUUGUGAUAUUUGCUGGGUACUGUGAGCCAAUGAAGCGUGUCAUCACCUCAAAUGAUGGCUUCUGCAGGAGGGUCACGAAAUUCUUCUAUUUUGACGAUUUCAGCACGACAGAAUUAGCAGAGAUCUUAUAUAUGAAGAUGAAGAGCCCAAGCGAGAGUAGUUUACUUUACGGGUUCAAGCUGCACCUAAGCUGCUGCAUCGAGGCCAUUGGAGAGCUGAUUGCCAGAGAGACCACCGAAGAGCAGCGGAAACAGAUGAAUGGAGGCCUUGUAGACACGCUGCUUGUCAAUGCCCGCGAAAACCUGGAUUUACGCCUUGAUUUCAACUGCAAUGAUGUUGAUACUAUGAUCACGAUCACAUUGGAAGACCUUGAAGCAGGCCUUCGACAGAUCUCCAGGCAACGUCAGUUGCAGUGACUUGCAAAUUCGAGAUAUUUCUUCUUUGAUGAGAUUAGGCUGGUCUCCAAAGACAAAGUUAUAGCCUUACAGGGCAAGGAAUUUGAUGAAAACGACGGGAUCCCAUACUUCAACAUUUUUGGCUAUUCGUUCUGUUAUGUUCAUUGCUAGAUUGAUGCCCUCCUACAAUAGCAGUGUAGCACUAAUGCAUAUGUAGUUCGCCGAUUUCCCGUAUCAUUUCCCAGUGAGGUAUAUAUAUAACAUGUGUAUAUACAUUAUUUGCAACAUGAAUCAUUCUUUGAGAGUUCCAAGUUGGUGUUUACUGCUGUGUAGAGAUCUUCGGCACACGUUUUGAUAUCUUAAAAAAUCUGCAAUUUGUUCUA